CAAUAAGGGAAGCACUAUGACAUAGUCAGGAGCGACUUUACUAAGAAACAGCCUAUUGGGAUCAACACCAUUCUAUCGAUUUCUGAGUUAUUGAUGCAACAGCAAUGAAUGAAUAGCAAGCCCAUGCCAUUCUAAUUUUUGUAUCUACUUCGAUUAUCCGACUCUUUUAAAUACAAAUCAAAACAUACAAUCUUUCCUAUCUUCCCAUCUUGCGACAAGACACAAGAAAGCAUAUCGAAAGCCCAGAGCUCAACCAACUUUUACCAUGACUGAUACGCCAUCUCAGCCGCUACCCCUUGAUCCUCGCGAGCAGCCUAUAUUGGAGUCUCUUACUCAAAUACGAGAUGAAUUGACACUUCUAAAGCAAGAUAGAACGACAUACAUCAAGGCCGCGGAUGUACUCAAGCUGCAGGAUAAAGUAGAUGAACAAGUUAAGCUUCUUAAUGAGAUAAGAGCAGAUAAGCCCCAUGAGCAGAACCGAGGUCAGUUUUGAGAGGAUAGAAUGUUGAUAUAUAGAUUCUAGGUGGCUGACCGAGAACAUUACAGUGGAUCGCGUUUUGGAUGGAUGCUUCCAACUACUCUCCUUGUUCUUCAUGACCAUUGGCAAAACCAACGAAGCACCCGCAGCUUAUUCCCUCACUUCUACGAUCAAACGCCUGCUUGACCAUCUUACCGAAGUUGAUCUAUAUUGCGAAAAAGAUUUAGAACAUAUUGCGCAGACUCUUAAGAGACUUAAGGGCAUUGUGAAGAAUGCUAAGCCGUCUUACUCGCCUAGGCUUCUCACUCUUCUUGGCAACAGAAUCGACAUCUGCCAGCGCUCAUUGAAUAAUUUGAGCACACGACUAGAGCGUAUCAGCCCAGAAAUAUCACCUAUUCAUGAAAAGAUCAUAUCGAUACUGAGAUCAAUAUCAUUAGCGAAUACUAGAAGCAAGGUAAGUCAGUUGUAGUGACAGGUUUGAUCUCUGCUUCAUUAGCAGCUACAUAUGAGGGCCAUGCUGAUUAUCUGGGAAAUAGUUCUCGACGACCGAGGUGACCAAGCUUCAAGCUCAAAUAAAAGAGAUCGAUUCCCAAAGAGUUGAUGGCAGGUUCGUAACCAUUUCUGGAGACAUACCUCCAGGCAACGACGAUGUGUGUGAUCAUCUAGAAAGAUGUUUGAGGUGGGCAGAAAUUGUCCUCGAAAGGUUGGUUUAUAUGCAUGUAUCCAAUGAACUAAAUCACCAACUAACGGUCAUCCAGAAAGGGGCAAUUUCCAGAAGCUUUCCGUGGGAUUUACUCCACCCUAGUCGAGAUUCGAAAUAAACUUGAGAAGCUAUCUUUGACUCAAGCUUGGUCAUUGAGGGAAACAGAUCUGUAUGACUUCCAGCGGCAGCUAGACAAAAUCGACGAAAGCCGUGUAGAUGGAAAUUUCGUUGAUGCUGAAGGGAAUUUUGCCGAAUUAUACGUCCAGCGGGUAUGUGCGUCAAAAUUCCUCACAUUCGUACCCCAACUAAUUAGAAUAGACUCUACUUUAUCUGAUCAGACGUAGCUAUGCAUAUAUCUAUUUCCUCAUGGUGUCCUCCGAGCCCGUUUCCGAGGCACUUCUUCCAGUCUACAACCAACUUCAGACUCUACGCCGAUGUCUUAUUGAAGUUAAAAACUCUGGAGGUGUCAGUUCCCCAAGGGAAUUGUAUCCUUACAGCAUGAAGGUAGAAUUUUCUAUCGUUCCUGCGCGUUUAAAAUAUACUAAUAUAUUAAUUAGUUGAACUCAAUUGACAACAUGCGUGUAGACGGUAAAUUUAUGGUCGGGCCAGACAUUCCUGAAGGCCAGGGCAGCGUCACUGAUCUCCUUGCAGAAUGCUUUGAGCUUAGUUAUGAUCUGCGUGUGGCCGCGGAGAACGAAAGCGAUGCGUAGUAAAAUAUACAUCACUUUAAUGUCUUUGGAGUCUGGUGGUAUGCGCGGUGACAUGGACAGUCCCCGACGGCGUUUUGGUUUGUGACUUGGUGCAAACUUUACCAAUAUCUUUUUACGCAUGGUGAGGUAUGGUAUUUGUAAAAUAUCGGGAUCAAGUACAAUAAUAGGUACAUGGCCCAAGGAAAUUAUGGGGAGAUAUUAGUGCACGGAAAGUCACUCUUGUACAAAUAUAACAAGGGCGUACAAUGGAGCAAAUGUGAUUUCAUAUCGAUGGUUGAAU